UCCGUCGUCGGCUUCAUCUUCUUGUUCUUCAUCUUCAUCUUCAUCUUUUCACGAUGGCUGAAGCUAGUCACCACGCUAAAGAAGUCGAUCCCACCAAUGGCUUCUGCGCCAAAACCAAGACCUUCCGCAGCCUCAGGCCAUCCCUCCCUCUCCCUCCUCCUUCCCUCCCCGUUUCGCUCACCGACUUCCUCCUCUCCAUCCUCCCCUCCUCCUCCUCCUCCUCCUCCUCCUCCUCCGCCUUCCUCGUCGACGCCGCCACCGACCGCCGGGUCACCCCCCCGUGCUUCAUCUCGCAAUGCCGCGCUCUCUCUUCCUUCCUCGCGACCCGCUUCCCUUCCCUCUCCAAGAACGACGUCGCCCUCGUCCUCCCGCCUCCUUCCCUCCACGUCCCCGUCGUCUACUUCACUCUCCUCUCUCUCGGCAUCGUCGUGUCCCCCGCGAACCCCCUGAGCUCCGCCUCCGAGAUCCGCCACCUGGUCGGGCUCAGCAACCCCGUCGUCGCUUUCGCCACCUCGCAAGCAGCUCGGAAGCUGCCGACGCUCAGGCAUGGCACCAUCCUCCUCGACUCGCCCGAGUUCGAGUCCGUUUUCACCCGGGACGGCCCGAAGGAAACCGAUCCCAUUCUCCGCAAUGUCAACCGGGUCACACAGGCGGACCCCGCGACGAUUCUCUACUCUUCGGGCACGACGGGCCGGGUCAAGGGCGUACUCAUGACCCACCGAAACAUGAUCGCGGGGCUCGCCAGCCCUCGCCCAGCCGAGGCUGGCCCGAACUCCGUUCUGCUCUUUCCGCUUCCCCUGUUCCACGUGUACGGGUUCAUGGCGAUAUUGAGAGCGUUUGGGUUGGGGGCGACGGUGGUUUUGAUGGGUAAGUUUGAGCUCCAGGCCAUGCUGAAGGCCGUGGAGAAGUAUGGAGUCGACACGUUGCCGGUGUCGCCGCCGGUCGUCCUCGCGCUGGUGAAGUCCGAGGUUACUGAGAAGUAUGACCUCAGCUCGCUCCACACCGUCGUGUGUGGCGGAGCGCCGCUUGGGAAGGAGGUUUCUGAGCGGUUCCAUCAGAAAUUCCCGAACUUGGAGCUGGUGCAGGGUUAUUCAAUGACAGAGAGCCUAUUAGGAAGUAGGAUGAUGGGGCCUGAUGAGACCAAGCAAUAUGGCUCCGUGGGUCGCCUCUCCGAGGAUAUGGAAGCCAAAAUAAUGGAUCCUUUUACUGGAGAAGCUCUACCUCCAGGCUGCAAAGGCGAAUUGUGGAUGCGUGGCCCAGCCAUCAUGAAAGGUUAUGUUGGAGAUGACAAGGCAACGGCUGAGACAUUGGAUCCUGACGGUUGGCUAAAAACUGGCGAUCUUUGUUACUUUGACUCAGAGGGGUUCCUCUACAUUGUGGAUAGGCUAAAGGAAUUGAUAAAAUACAAAGCGUAUCAGGUCCCACCUGCUGAAUUGGAGCAUGUACUUCAAUCUCAUCCUCAAAUUGCGGAAGCUGCAGUGAUACCGUAUCCUGAUGAAGAGGCAGGGCAGGUUCCAAUGGCUUUUGUGGUGAGGAAGCCUGGUGCAUAUGUUGCAGAAUCUGAAAUCAUGGAGUUCAUUGCUGAACAGGUCGCUCCAUACAAGAAGAUAAGGCGUGUUGCUUUUAUCAGUAGGAUCCCCAAGAAUCCCGCAGGAAAAAUCUUGAGAAGGGAGCUCAUCAGUCAUGCUUUAUCUGCUGGUUCAGCAAAACUGAUUCAUCAUCCAGACCCAAAAGCGAGAAUCCCCCGGGAUGGGCGCAUGGUCCGGAGGAGAACAGGCACGUCUGACGUGCGUAGGCUUGCCAUCACUUUCAAUGCCAAGUGUUGUUGGGGAGAGCGCAUGAACAUCACCCGUCAGCUUCUCGGCCAUGAACAGUGUAAGCGUAAGGAAAGUGUAAUUCUUGUUGGAAAAAUAGUGAGUGUUCGUCGUCGUCCCCAUCACCUUCUUCUUCAUCUUCUUCUUCAUCUUUUCACGAUGGCUGAAGCUAGUCACCACGCUAAAGAAGUCGAUCCCACCAAUGGCUUCUGCGCCAAAACCAAGACCUUCCGCAGCCUCAGGCCCUCCGUCCCUCUCCCUCCUCCUUCCCUCCCCGUUUCGCUCACCGACUUCCUCCUCUCCAUCCUCCCCUCCUCCUCCUCCUCUUCCGCCUUCCUCAUCGACGCCGCCACCGACCGCCGGGUCAACUACCCGUGCUUCAUCUCGCAGUGCCGCGCUCUCUCUUCCUUCCUCGCGACCCGCUUCCCUUCCCUCUCCAAGAACGACGUCGCCCUCGUCCUCCCGCCUCCUUCCCUCCACGUCCCCAUCGUCUACUUCACUCUCCUCUCUCUCGGCAUCGUCGUGUCCCCCGCGAACCCCCUGAGCUCCGCCUCCGAGAUCCGCCACCUGGUCGGGCUCAGCAACCCCGUCGUCGCUUUCGCCACCUCGCAAGCAGCUCGGAAGCUGCCGACGCUCAGGCAUGGCACCAUCCUCAUCGACUCGCCCGAGUUCGAGUCCGUUUUCACCCGGGACGGCCCGAAGGAAACCGAUCCCAUUCUCCGCAAUGUCAACCGGGUCGCACAGGCGGACCCCGCGACGAUUCUCUACUCUUCGGGCACGACGGGCCGGGUCAAGGGCGUAUUCAUGACCCACGGAAACAUGAUCGCAGGGAUCGCGGGCGCUCGCCAAGUCGAGCCAGACGCGUCCGUCGAGCCCGGCCCGAAGUCCGUUUUGCUGAUUCCGCUCCCCCUGUUCCACGUGUACGGGUUCGUGGCGAUAUUGAGAGCGUUUGGGAUUGGGGCGACGGCGGUUUUGAUGGGGAAGUUCGAGCUCGAGGCCAUGCUGAAGGCCGUGGAGAAGUAUGGAGUCGACACGUUGCCGGUGUCGCCGCCGGUCGUGCUGACGCUGGUGAAGUCGGAGCUGAUCGGGAAGUAUGACCUCAGCUCGCUCCGCACCGUCCUGUGUGGCGGAGCGCCGCUUGGGAAGGAGGUUUCCGAGCGGUUCCAGCAGAAAUUCCCUAACGUGGAGCUGGUGCAGGGUUAUGCAUUGACAGAGAGCCUAUUAGGAAGUAAGAUGAUGGGGCCUGAUGAGACCAAGCAGUACGGCUCCGUGGGUCGCCUCUCCGAGAAUACGGAAGCCAAAAUAGUCGAUCCUGUUACUGGAGAAGCUCUACCUCCUGGCUGCAAAGGCGAAUUGUGGCUGCGUGGCCCAGCCAUCAUGAAAGGUUAUGUUGGAGACGACAAGUCGACGGCUGAGACAUUGGACCCUGACGGUUGGCUAAAAACUGGCGAUCUUUGUUACUUUGACUCGGAGGGGUUCCUUUACAUUGUAGAUAGGCUGAAGGAAUUAAUAAAAUACAAGGCGUAUCAGGUCCCACCUGCUGAAUUGGAGCAUUUACUUCAAUCUCAUCCUCAAAUUGCGGAUGCCGCGGUGAUACCGUAUCCUGAUGAAGAGGCAGGGCAGGUUCCAAUGGCUUUUGUGGUGAGGAAGCCUGGUGCAUAUGUUGCAGAAUCUGAAAUCAUGGAUUUCAUUGCUGAACAGGUUGCUCCAUACAAGAAGAUAAGGCGUGUCACUUUUAUCAGUAGCAUCCCCAAGAAUCCCGCAGGAAAGAUCUUGAGAAGGGAGCUCAUCAGUCAUGCUUUAUCUGCUGGUUCAGCUAAAUUGUAAAAUCUUUGACCAGGAAAAGAAGUCCCAUUUGUUUAAGAUAAACAGGCCGUUAUUAUCAGUUCUCUGUAUUUGGCAAUUUGCUGCUCCAUGGUGUGUAUGUAGCACUUAGUUUUUGGAAGUGAUUGACCAUACCUUACCGAAGACAAACAUAAACCUGCCAAUUGUGAAAUCCCGACUGAAUCUUAUACCAGUUCAUUAGAGAAGCCGUGCUUGUUAAUACUGGCCUAAAGUGGUUGAGUUCGAUUCCCCACUAGAGUCCUUCAGUUAGAUGCGACAGAUGAGCCUAUAUUCUUGUAUUUUGUCAUUGUUUUUGGAUGAAAUAUGCCAUUAUCAUCA